AUGCAGCAUCUGCAGCCGGCCAUCCCUCCCCAGGUCCUUCGUCUCGCCAUCGCUAAGUUCUCCCAUACAACCACUACGAUCGACCAUGUCGGUCCACUGACCUGGAAUCAUGUCCCUGGAAAUGGAGAUCUGGCUUGCAUAUUCGAGAAGUUCCUCGAUUCCGGGUCUGUGCCAUCGAGGAUGAUUCAGAAAGUGGUCCGAGGUGAUGGCAUCCUGGAGCAGCUUGAUCUCGUAUUCUUUACCCGCAUGGCACGAAUGCAGGCCCAGCUGAUUCCACCCCCAAGGUCGCACUUUGCUGUCGUUGUGAAGUCGCCUUGUCUUGCAGUCAAGUAUCCUCAUGGUGGAACACAUAUUCGUCGGUUCCAGAUCAAGUUUACUACAGAGCGUGACUACUUCACGGCCUUGGCUCUUCUAGGUGAAAUCAACUGUCCAUUGACAGAAGGGAAGAUACCAGCACCAGCAAUACAACGAUUUCCUUCGGUGUCAUCAUGGACGUCGGGGCAUCUCUCCUCCAUUGCCCCCAGAACUUCAAACACGGCGGCCACUUCAACUGGCAGCAACGGAGUCCACUUUUACCCCACGGGAGCGUUAGGGUCUGGAAGGACAAACUGGGCCCUGUACCAGCUCCCAACCCCCCCAUGUCAAAGCAUGGAACCGAUAGAUUUGUCUCAACCACUGCAUGCAUCUACUCUCGCCCACACGUCGAACAAAGAACCCGAGCCACCCAGCUCCCAGCUGUCCACCAUAUCUGCAAUUCAUGAUGUCGACCAGUUAAACCAGAUGCUACCUCCAAAGAGAGACCUGCCCUUCUCCAAGCCAACUGCGAGAAAGCCGAGAGCUGCAAGCUUGACUCGAACAACACAGAAUCAUCCCCAGUCAGCUCCACCUCCAAGUUCUCAACCCACUGAACCAACCAAGGAUCCUGAAUCUCAUCCAUGUCGUCUCGAGGUCGAGCCUAAUAAUUAUUCUGCUUUGCCCGAAUUCGAUUCCCAACCCUUGUCCCAAACAAAUCCUUGCCCGGAAGCAAGCCAGCCAUUAGUGCUUUAUGAAGAGCCUGCUGCUUCGCAGAACACAGCUCCGAUCUGCGAAUCCGCCGAAGAGCCAUCCCAAAUACCCAGCAUUCAGAACGCAUCGGACGCACAGAAUAAUCAAGCUAACUCGAACUCCAACCACAACCCUGCCAGCAAUCCAAACGAUAAAGCUCCGGCCCUGACAGAAGACCAUCUUUCGCGGUAUCUAUCUUCACCAACGGCUGAGCGAAUUGCUUUCCUCGAGAACUGGAUGUGCGAUUUGAUCGAUGAUGACAAAUUUCUGACUCUAUGUGAGGACGUAGAUGGGACAUGGAGGCGCUUUGCAUUCGGACAAAGGCAGUGA